UCAAACGCCGUCAUCGAAGUUACAGACAUGGGUUUCGGAGCCCUAAGAUCCAUCAUCCGACCCGUUUCACGAGCACUCUUAUCGACCCGAACCGUAUCCUCCUUCGCUCCGAUCAGUUCUCCAGCGAACAGCAUCUGUCCGGCACCGGAGCUCCGUCAUUUGUUCAACACUUUCCGACCUAGGCUUCCAUGGAUUCCACCCUCCAGUGCUUUUCACAGCUUGACUGACACUCGAUUCCCUAAGCGAAGACACAGUGACAAGCCUAAACGUAAAAGAGCUAGCUUGAGACCUCCAGGUCCGUAUGCGUGGGUAAAAUAUACCCCAGGUGAACCUAUAAGUCCAAACAAUCCCAAUGAAGGAAGUCUCAAGCGGAGGAAUGAGAAAAAGAGAAUCGGCCAGCGGAAGGCAUUUAUAUUGGCUGAGAAGAAGAAACGUAAAGCUCAGAUGCAGGAGGCAAACCGGAAGAAAAUGAUUAAGCGAGUAGAGCGUAAGAUGGCUGCAGUUGCUAGGGAUAGAGCAUGGACAGAAAGACUGGAAGAAUUGAAGAAGCUCGAGGAAGAAAAGAAGGCAGCCACAGCUUGAUUAUCGUUGUCGGGAAGCAAUGUUUCAACCUGCUAAAUUUCUCUCUUGUUUUUGAGAGUGAAAACUUUCAAUCCCUUCUUUAAAAUAGGAACAUUUUUUCUGCUGUCAUGUUUUUCUUGAGGUUGAUAUUUAAAUUUCCUUUUCGUUUGUUUUGUUAGUCUUUUUUCAAAAAAAAUAAAUUAGAUUUUGAAGUUGAAAGGUAAGUUGCAUAAACUAUCCA